CGCGGUACCCGGCGGGCCGCUGACCCGGAAGCGCUCUGCCGGCCCGGCGCGGCCGGUGGCGGCGGGGGAGGUGGAAGAUGGCCGAGUCGCCGGAGGAGGUGGCGGUGCUGGUGCAGCGUGUGGUGAAGGAUAUUCGCAACGCCUUCCAGCGGAACCCCCACAUAGAUGAAAUUGGAUUAAUACCCUGCCCUGAAGCCAGAUAUAACCGGAGCCCUAUCAUCCUGGUAGAAAACAAGCUUGGUGUGGAGAGCUGGUGUGUCAAGUUCCUUUUGCCAUAUGUCCACAAUAAACUUCUCCUCUACAGACAAAGAAAACAAUGGCUGAACAAAGAUGAACUGAUAGAUAUCACAUGUACCCUGCUGCUACUGAACCCUGACUUCACCACUGCUUGGAAUGUGAGGAAAGAAUUAAUACUGUCUGGCACUUUAAAUCCGCUUAAAGAUUUGCAUCUUGGAAAACUGGCACUAACAAAGUUUCCAAAGAGUCCAGAAACAUGGAUUCAUAGACGAUGGGUGCUGCAACAACUAAUACAGGAAAACUCAUUGCCCAGUCUUGUGACUAAAGGAAACUUGGGAGCAGCACCUGUGGAGAGAAUUCACCAGCUAUUGCAGGAGGAAAUGAAUGUCUGCUCUGAAGCUGCUGGGAGAUAUCCAAGCAACUACAAUGCCUGGUCCCAUCGCAUCUGGGUUUUACAGCAUUUGGGAAAGCUGACUGCCAAGGUUCUCCUUGAUGAACUUUCAUCCACUAAAUACUGGGUGUCCAUGCAUGUCUCAGACCACAGUGGAUUUCAUUACCGCCAGUUCUUACUCAAGUCCUUGAUAGGCAGAACUAUGACUGACAAUAAUGUAUUGGUACAAAAUCAAAUGGUAAAUGAGCAAAACCCUACUCAUCCAAAGGAGGAGAGUGCAGGAGCAGAAGCUGGCUGCAUGGAGAAGCAAAGUGUGGAUCUCCCCCGCCAUUUAGAGGAAGAGUUGGAGCUCUGCACUGAACUGAUUGAUACUUACCCAGGGCAUGAAACCUUGUGGUGUCAUAGAAGGCGUGUGUUCUACCUUCAGCACCACCUAAGCAACAGACUUCCUCUUCUGAGUGUGGUAAUACCAUCUGUGGACAGCAGUGAUGAAAUUCAGAAUAAUUCCCACUGCAGUCCUGCAACAAGUCACAUGGCACAAGCUAUGGAUGUCGAUGGUUUGAAUGAAUCCAGCAGCAAACAAGGUUAUACCCAAGAAACAAAACGCCUGAAGCGUGCUCCCAUGCAGGACUCUCUUGGUCUAGAAAUGGAAUUCCAGUUCAUUGAUAAAGUAUUAUCAACUUGCAGGGAUGCUGACCAAGCAAGAUUUGCUACUGCUUAUAGGAAAUGGUUAGUUACUUUUUUAAGUCAGUGAAGGAAGCAGUUAAAGCCUUCAGGAUUUUUCUUUCAGUGCAAUAUUCUAUUUUCGGACACAAAUGCAUGUCUUGGUUGCAAGUGUUAGCUAACCUGUGUUUCUCACUCUUCUAUUGGUCAGUUCUAAAGUUCAUAUUUAGGGUAGAAUUCUGUCACUUUAUUUAUGAAAGAACUGGUGUAUCUUUGUAUUACUCAAAUGCAGCUUGUUCUUUAAUCUUUUUAAGAAAUCACUGCGUCAGUUUUCUACCAUGCCAUUUUCUUGUUUCUCAACUUCUGCAUUAAGGUGGGCUUUGAAUCAUCAAAAGAAAAAAA